GUCCAGUCUUAACCGAGAGAACCAGAGUGUCCCAGGGUCCAAACGACCAAACGUUGCCAGAGAUAGAUGACCACGACCAGCAGCAGCAGAGUCUAGGUUCUCCCGCGUCUUGUUUGAUGUCACUUCGGAUCAAGUCGAAGAAUAUCAACAAUUUUACCCUAAAUCUAGAAAGCCAUAUUCAGAAAAUUUUACUGUUCAAGUUGGCGCCAUUGGAUCUUUCAGUGAUUUUUGGUCGCUGGUCAAUGCAAGAAGAGCCCUAAUCUUCCUGCUCUUGAACAAUCUGUGAAUAACCGAUCCCAGCAUGACUGGGAGUAGCAGAAGACCUGCUCGGAGCAGGAUAAAAUCCUCAGCUGAUGCCGAUGGCGAUAAUUUUCUUAGUGAUAGAAAGUCGAGUCCGAGAAGUAGAAAGGAGCGACAUAGAGAUCACAAUUUGAUUCGCAUAAUGGACGUUAAUUUCAGAAGCCUUCUUAUAGUUGGUAUUUUGGCGCUGCUUCUGGUUGUCAUUUUAGUAACUUAUUAUCUAAUGAAACCCACUGAAGAAGUUCAUAAACUCAGAGUUGUUACGCCGUUGCCUGCUCCAAGAAUGAUGGAUCUUACACAGUUCCAAGGUGAGCACAGGGAGAGCUUGUAUUGGGGAACUUACCGGCCACAUGUUUAUCUUGGAAUCCGUGCCAGGACACCGCGGUCGUUAAUUGCUGGAUUGAUGUGGAUUGGUAUAAAGGAUGGAAGGUACUCCAUGCGUCAUGUGUGCCAAGAUUCUGAUGAACUUAGCACGUAUGGAUGGACACAUCAUAAUGGACGGGAUUAUGGACAUCAGGUGUUGAUUGACCAAGAUAUGACAUUGAUGACAAGUUUCGUAAAAUCGAAGGGGAAUGGCAGUGGCUACGGAGGAGAUUGGGCAAUUCGAACAGAUGUGCAAAACAAUAAAUCUGAAGUCGACCAGGAGAUGUGGAGGACAGGUCAUGUUUUCUUCUAUUUGGCUGAUGAAGGAGGCAAUACUUUAAAUAUAGGUACAGGGGGUUUAGACAUUCACGAUGGCUCUCUUCUGGCAUUUGGAUCACGUGAGGACAUUGGAGGUUGGGAACUCCAUUUAGUCUCGAAGGACAAUUUGGAAGUUCAUUAUUCUGGGUUCAGGACUCCUCACAUGCACAAUUUAACUGAGCUUGUCCAAGAAACCCUUGGAACCUAUGCAAGAAGGGUGGGCCGUCUGCAGCUACCUGACACAUCUGAUGAUUCCCCAAACAUUUUAAUCUUUCAGAUUUCUGCGCUUGUUCCUUUCAGAACAGAUAUUGCUUUUGUAUCAGGAACUGAUCUGAAGAACUCAAGAGUUGAAGAACGAAUCAACAAGCUUACAGGAAAUCUACUGACUGGUUUACUCAAUGAGAAACAAAAUGAUUUUGAAGAAAGAUACAGAAGGUGCUUUAAUAUGACAGAUAAGGUUGAUUCUGAAUCAAUUAUUGUUGGUAGGGCUGCUAUUGGAAAUCUGUUGGGUGGAAUUGGCUACUUCUAUGGCCAGUCAAAAAUUGCCAUUCCAAGAGAUUCAAAUAUUAAAAAUGGUCAUAACUUUGUUCCAUAUUGGCCAGCAGAACUUUAUACAGCUGUUCCAAGCAGAUCAUUCUUCCCAAGGGGGUUCUUAUGGGAUGAAGGUUUCCAUCAGUUAAUGAUCUGGCGUUGGGAUAUCCGAAUUUGCUUGGACAUCAUUGGACAUUGGUUAGAUCUAAUGAAUAUUGAUGGAUGGAUACCCCGUGAACAAAUUUUGGGUGCUGAAGCUCUAAGUAAAGUUCCAGAGGAAUUUGUUCUUCAGUAUCCCACAAAUGGAAAUCCACCAACUUUAUUUCUGGUUUUGCAUGAUCUAGUUCAUGGCAUAAAACAAAAUAAGUUUACUACAACUGAAAGCAUUGAGAUAUCUUCAUUCCUGGAAAGGGCUUUUGUUCGCCUUGAAGCAUGGUUCCAGUGGUUCAAUACUACACAAUCAGGAAAGGAUGCUAGCAGUUAUUACUGGCAUGGAAGAGACAAGGCAACAACUCGUGAACUAAACCCAAAGACACUGACUUCUGGGUUGGAUGAUUAUCCACGUGCAUCACACCCAAGUGAUGAAGAACGGCACCUGGAUCUAAGAUGUUGGAUGUUUCUUGCAGCAGAUUGCAUGAAUUCCAUUGCAGAGAUUCUUAAAAGGAAAAAUGACCCAACAAAGGAUUACCAUGCUACAGCUAAAUUGCUCUCAAAUUUUGAGGUUCUGAAUAAGAUGCACUUCGAUGAUGCUUAUGGGGCUUAUUUUGAUUUUGGCAAUCAUACUGAAAAGGUUCGCUUGAGGUGGCAAGAAACCAAGCAACCAGGUAGCAAUUAUGCAAGUCGAGAGUUUGUCCGGGAGGUUCUAGAAACACCAAAGUUGAGAUUUGUUCCUCAUAUUGGUUAUGUCAAUCUCUUUCCCUUUAUGAUGAGGAUCAUCCCACCUGAAUCGUGGAUCCUGGGAAAACAGCUGGACCUGAUUUCGAACAGGAGCACAUUGUGGACAGACUAUGGACUACGCUCUCUGUCGAAAACAAGCUCACUGUACAUGAAACGCAAUACGGAGCAUGAUCCACCUUAUUGGAGAGGCCCCAUUUGGAUGAACAUGAAUUACAUGAUCCUGUCGUCACUCCACCACUAUUCUCUAGAAGAUGGGCCACAUAGAACCAGAGCUGAGGCCAUCUACAAGGAAUUACGGGAAACCUUGAUUAGAAACGUCGUCCGUAAUUAUUUUGAGACAGGGUAUUUGUGGGAACAAUACGACCAAAAGAACAAGGGGAAGGGGAAAGGUGCACGCCCUUUUACUGGUUGGACUUCGCUUGUUGUUCUGAUCAUGGCAGAAGUUUUCAGCGAAACCUAAGCCGUUGGCUUUGCUCUAACUUUCAAUUUAAUUGUGUGGAUUUACAUCAAUCACAUUGUUUACUGUAAAGUGUAGACCAUCAAUUAGCCCUGUUGCUGCCAGGUCGUUGGACGAAUGAAAAGUAAAGCAGCAGAUGGGCUAUAUGAAUUAUGAUGUAUAAACCUAAAAUAUAAGGAGAUGAGGAUUGAACUGUCGGAUCAGAUGUAGCAAAAUAAAUCACUAAGUAGGUUUUACUGGUGGUCA